CAAGCAACCGUGGAAAACAUUCUAUCUUACUUUCCAUGUGGUCACUAUUGUCUUCGUUUUCUUCCCGAUACACGCAGUAAAAUUCUCGUUCACACGCCCGAAACCGACUUGGUCAUGGAGGCAUGCGAUGAGAGUAGCCCUCACACGGAGGCUGAGUUCCGUCGGUGCAUUCUUACCGAAGGUACCCUUCGAUCCAGAUUACCGCACCAUGGAGUCUGGGCCUGGUGUGGAAGGGGUCUGGAUGGACGGAGUACCCCACCUCAUAAAUUCAGAACUCAAGAUCUGGUCAUCGGUGGCCAACGUUACAUCGAUACGCAUCCCAGGGUACUGGUAUGCGAAAAGAGGUCUGAAUCCGAGACCUCCCACACCUAUUGAAGCGGGUCGAAAGGUUUUUCUAUUCAUACAUGGGGGAGGGUUUACCCACCUGUCCGCGCAUCCUAGGUCCCCGAUAUCCAUUAUUCCCCGUAGUCUAGUGGAGUUGACUGAUGACGCUCCAUAUGCACUAGCAGUCGAGUACCGCCUCUCAUCGACAUAUCCAUAUGCCGAGCAACAUCCAUUCCCGGCUGCUCUCCUCGACGCACUCACAGGAUACAACUUUCUGGUCAAUACCAUGGGAUACGAUCCCUCAGAUAUCGUCGUUGCUGGUGACUCCGCUGGCGGAAACAUUGCCCUCGCUCUGACUCGGUACCUCGUAGAGAACAAGGGUAGUACCGAAGUCUCUCUUCCUGGACCACCUGGACAUCUUUUAGUCAGUUCACCUGUGACAGACAUGAGCAAUUCGCAUGUAACACCCGGUUCUUCGGCGGUCGCGAACAACAAGGAUAUUAUCAGUAAUUUCUACAGAAACUCACAUGGUACUCCUUACCAUGACACUCCUUACCAAGUUCUUGCCUACGUCGGCCCAUUUGGAGCCGGCAUCGCAUCGUGCAACCGCUAUGUCUCUCCCGCAUCUUUGAGCCCAUUGAUGCAAUGCCGAUUCAUUGGAUUUCCGCGUACCUUUAUCAUCGCAGGCGGAAUGGAGGUGCUCCGCGACCAGAUAUGCUCGUUGAGAGAUAAGAUGGUGAGGGAUAUGGGGGAAGCGCAGGUAACAUAUUAUGAACCGGCCGAUGCGGUACACGACUAUAUCAUCUUCCCCUGGCACCCCGAUCGUCCUACGACUCUCAAAGCAAUCCAGCAGUGGCUGAUGUCAGGAUGAGACAACAGCUGUCAGGACGCUUUUUUAAUGUAUUGGUCAGUCUUGGCGCCUAUAACU